AAGAAAAACAAAGGAAAAGGAAAGGAACGAACGAAAAGAAGAAAGAGAGAGAGAGCGAGAGAUCAAAGGGAAAGUAGUCUCGAGGAAAAAGAAAGAGAAGAAGGAAUCACCUCCCCGCCUCCCCUCCCUCCCUCUUUCUAAUUCUCCCGAAGGCUCAUCCCCAUAUCCCUCCUCCUUCCUUCCCCGCCAACAUAACCGUGUCUCUCUCCAUUUUUUAACUUAUAUCUUUCUCCUUUUCGACGAAGAUCUGAUCGGAAAAAUCUAAUAUAUUAUAUAUUUUCUCCCACCCUUUUACGGAAUGGGUUUUCUUCAUAAGUUGUGGGACGAGACGCUGGCCGGCCCGACUCCCGAGGCCGGCUUGGGAAAGCUCCGGAAGUACGACUCCUUCUCCUCCUCUUCUUCUUCUCACAUUGCUCCGCCGCUGCCAGGUAUUCGUAUCGGCCGUGCGCCUCCAUUGGUGGUUACACGAAGCAUUACCAUGGCCAGGGGCAACCGGUUUGCUUACAAUAAUAGUUCAGGUGUUGAAGAUUCUCCUCUUGCUUCUCCAAAUACCAAUGAAUCCCCUUUGUCGUCAUCCACCCCUAGCUCGCCUUCCACUCCUGAAUCACCAGGAGGUGGUGGAGGAGGAAGGUACAAUCAUCAUUUCCAUUCCAAGCGAAUGGCAAGGCGAAAACCCUCUUCACCUUCAUCUUUCUUCGGAGAGCCUCGUUGAUUCUUCACGUAUGUAUAUAUAUACAUAAAGCCACCACCUCUCUGAAAAUAUUAUUUUUGUUAUAUUUUUUAUUCUUAAUUGACUUUGUGGCUUUGGUGCUGCUGGGAUAUAUUGUGCAGGGCUCUAAAUAUGUAUGAACAAAGUGCAUUUGGAUCGUAGAGAAAGAUCAAAAUCCAAAGUAUAUAGUAAAGGCUCUUCUUCACUACACCAUCGAUCUCCAUGUGAGAUCACAGAACUAAGCUUAUGUAUAUACUUCAAAUGACAAAGUUGUGUAUAUAUAUAGUGUAUUAUACCUUCUACUAUAAAAAUGUGCAAAUUCAAGCAGCUCUCCCAUUCUAUAGAUGCGCAUGUACUUUGUUAUAAACACAGAAUGGUGUAUGUCUGUCGUACGUAUACUUUUUUAUUAUAAACCCAGGGACAUGUAUACAUGAUUGUAUUAUAUAUAGUCAUGCAUGUAAUGAAUAUCUUGUUAUCAUCAUAUGCUUAAAAACAAGUGUAUGUUUAUGCUUAUGUUUCUACCUUCUCACAUUCACCAGUAUUAUACUAACAAAUUAAGUCAACCCUGGUGGAUUUGAACCUCUGGAGGAUCUAAAUGAUGAUAUGGAAUGCAGUGGGAUACCCGAAUAUACGUGCAAUAUAUUA